CUCAGUCCCCAGCUCCUCUCCCUCUUUCUCCCUCUCCUCCUCGGGCGGAGGCGCCCACCGCGGCGGCCCAGCGGGGACCGGACCGGCCGCACCGCAGGACCCCACCACUCCUCAUGGCUCCCCUGGCCUUGGUGGGGGUUGUGCUCCUUCUGGGGGCACCCCACUGCAUGGGGGAGGCCACUCCAACGCCUUCCCUGCCACCUCCCCCUGCUAACGACAGUGACGCCAGCCCAGGCGGCUGCCAAGGUUCCUACCGCUGCCAGCCAGGGGUGCUGCUGCCUGUGUGGGAACCCGACGACCCCUCGCUGGGAGACAAGGCUGCAAGGGCCGUGGUGUACUUUGUGGCCAUGGUCUACAUGUUCCUGGGCGUGUCUAUCAUUGCUGACCGCUUUAUGGCGUCCAUCGAGGUCAUCACGUCUAAGGAGAAGGAGAUUACCAUCACCAAGGCCAAUGGAGAAACCAGCGUGGGCACUGUGCGCAUCUGGAACGAGACAGUGUCCAACCUCACACUCAUGGCCCUGGGCUCCUCAGCACCAGAGAUUCUGCUGUCUGUCAUCGAGGUCUGUGGCCACAACUUCCAGGCGGGUGAACUGGGCCCGGGUACCAUCGUGGGCAGUGCUGCCUUCAACAUGUUUGUGGUCAUUGCUGUGUGUGUGUACGUCAUCCCGGCUGGCGAGAGCCGUAAGAUCAAGCAUCUGAGGGUCUUCUUCGUUACGGCCUCCUGGAGCAUCUUUGCCUACGUCUGGCUUUAUCUCAUCCUAGCAGUCUUCUCCCCAGGCGUGGUCCAGGUGUGGGAGGCGCUGCUGACACUGGUCUUCUUCCCGGUGUGCGUGGUGUUCGCCUGGAUGGCGGACAAGCGGCUGCUCUUCUACAAGUACGUGUACAAGCGCUACCGCACCGACCCUCGCAGUGGAAUCAUCAUUGGGGCAGAGGGCGACCCGCCCAAGAGCAUCGAGCUGGACGGUACAUUCGUGGGCACCGAGAUCCCAGGUGAGCUGGGCGCGCUGGGCACGGGUCCUGCCGAGGCACGUGAGCUGGACGCCAGCCGGCGUGAGGUCAUCCAGAUUCUUAAGGACCUGAAGCAGAAGCACCCGGACAAGGACCUGGAGCAGCUGGUGGGCAUCGCCAAGUACUACGCACUGCUGCACCAGCAGAAGAGCCGUGCCUUCUACCGCAUCCAGGCCACACGGCUGAUGACAGGCGCGGGCAACGUGCUUCGAAGACACGCUGCAGAUGCAGCCCGCAGGCCCGGGGCCAACGACGGCACGGCCGAGGAUGAGGAUGACGGCGCCAGCCGCAUCUUCUUUGAGCCCAGCCUCUACCACUGCCUGGAGAACUGCGGGUCGGUGCUGCUGUCGGUGGCCUGCCAGGGCGGGGAGGGCAAUAGCACCUUCUAUGUGGACUACCGCACAGAGGACGGCUCGGCCAAGGCAGGGUCAGACUACGAGUACAGCGAGGGCACGCUGGUGUUCAAGCCCGGAGAGACGCAGAAAGAGCUGCGCAUCGGCAUCAUCGACGACGACAUCUUCGAGGAGGACGAGCACUUCUUCGUGCGGCUACUGAACCUGCGUGUGGGCGAUGCUCAGGGCAUGUUCGAGCCCGAUGGCGGCGGGCGGCCCAAGGGGCGGCUAGUGACGCCGCUGCUGGCCACCGUCACCAUCCUAGACGACGACCACGCGGGCAUCUUCUCCUUCCAGGACCGCCUACUGCACGUGAGCGAAUGCAUGGGCACCGUGGACGUGCGCGUGGUGCGCAGCUCCGGUGCGCGCGGCACCGUGCGCCUCCCCUACCGCACAGUGGACGGCACGGCCCGUGGCGGCGGCGUGCACUACGAGGACGCUUGUGGAGAGCUGGAAUUCGGCGAUGACGAGACCAUGAAGACCCUUCAGGUCAAGAUAGUGGACGACGAAGAGUAUGAGAAGAAGGACAACUUCUUCAUCGAGCUCGGCCAGCCCCAGUGGCUUAAGAGGGGCAUCUCAGCUCUGCUACUCAACCAAGGAGAUGGGGACAGGAAGCUGACUGCUGAGGAGGAGGAGGCUCGGAGAAUAGCGGAGAUGGGCAAGCCAGUUCUUGGGGAGAACUGUCGUCUCGAGGUCAUCAUUGAAGAGUCUUAUGACUUUAAGAACACCGUGGAUAAACUCAUAAAGAAAACGAACCUGGCCUUGGUGAUUGGGACUCACUCGUGGAGGGAACAGUUUUUAGAGGCAGUUACGGUGAGCGCAGGGGACGAGGAGGAAGAGGAGGACGGGUCUCGGGAGGAGCGGCUGCCAUCCUGCUUUGACUACGUGAUGCACUUCCUGACGGUGUUCUGGAAGGUUCUGUUCGCCUGCGUUCCUCCCACGGAGUACUGCCAUGGCUGGGCCUGCUUCGGUGUCUGCAUCCUGGUUAUUGGUCUACUCACUGCCCUCAUUGGAGACCUGGCCUCCCACUUUGGAUGCACAGUGGGCCUCAAGGACUCAGUCAACGCCGUGGUCUUCGUAGCCCUGGGCACCUCCAUCCCUGACACGUUCGCCAGCAAGGUGGCCGCGCUGCAGGACCAGUGUGCGGACGCGUCCAUCGGCAACGUGACCGGCUCCAACGCGGUGAACGUGUUCCUGGGUCUGGGUGUGGCCUGGUCGGUGGCCGCGGUGUACUGGGCGGUGCAGGGCCGCCCCUUCGAGGUGCGUACAGGCACGCUGGCCUUCUCGGUCACACUCUUCACCGUCUUCGCCUUCGUGGGCAUCGCAGUGCUCUUGUACCGGCGCCGGCCACACAUCGGCGGCGAGCUGGGCGGCCCGCGGGGACCCAAGCUGGCCACCACUGCGCUCUUCCUGGGCCUCUGGUUCCUUUAUAUCCUCUUCGCCAGCCUCGAGGCUUACUGCCACAUCCGGGGCUUCUAGGGCCCUAGCCACCGCCCUGAGGUUGGGGACUCGAUGGCAUUUGCUCCUGGACCCACCUCUGUCUCUGUCCAGACUCAGCCUGGGCCCCCUGGGACUCCUCUCCUAGGCUCCCUCCUCGCCAGGCCUCUUCCUGGGAUCAGCCUCCCUGUCUGCCUGGAUCCCAUCCCUCGACUUCCCAUCUCAGCGGCACCCCGCUCCAGCCCAUCCCUUGUAAGUUACAUCUGAACUCGGAAGCCAGGCACCCACCCACCAGACACCACCUUCUCUGCCUCCCUGGACACCCAGCUGACUCUGUCCUCCCGUGUCUCCGUCCCCCCCCCCCCCGCCCCGCCGU